AUGACAGCUACCUCUAGUUCAGAUCCUACCUCUACAAGAGAAACCCUCCCCUUCUUCAACACCAUCCCCAAAUGCGCCGAGAUUCUUGCGCAGCCAGACCUGAGGGUCAUCCACCCGCGCAACCCAGACGCCUUCUUCCACUCGACCCUCCGGACCAACAACAGCAUCCUCAAGUCUAUCUUCAUUUACCAACCGGCUCACCCCAGAACAUCUUCAGAUUCAAACGAUACUGAUACCCGCGCUGCCACUAACCCACACCCGCAAGAGCAAGAACGAAAACGAGAACGAGGCUACCUCCUCCUCCACCUCGGCGCCGGCGUAUCAGGGCAGCCCGAUAUCGCGCACGGCGGGUUCCUAGCUACAGUCCUGGACCAGGUUACUGGAACUUUGAUCCGGGCGAGUGGGUUAGAUCGUGGACGGGGGGCGGUUACGGUUUAUUUGAAUGUAAAUUAUCAAGCGCCGGUGAAGGUUCCGGGGGUUGUUGUUGCGAGGGCGGAGAUUGGGAGGGUGGAGGGGAGGAAGAUUUUUGUGGUGGGGGAGAUUUUUGUUGCGGAGGCGGAUGGGGGAGGGGAAGGGGAGGGGGGAGGGGUUUGCGUGACUUGUGAGGGGAUGUUCUUGGUGAAGAGGGAUGGUACUGGUAGGAUUUGA